CGCGGGGCGAGCUCGACGGACGCAGCUGAUGACUCGCCCGCACAAAACACGACUCGCAAACAAACUCGAUCGAUAACACAAAACUCGUACGAAAAUAACAAAAUAGCACCUACUACUUAUAUUAAUAAUACACUUGUAUGUUGCACGGUGAAAAAAUACUGCAACUUUUAGGCCGGUGACUUAUUAUCGAAGGAGAAGCGUGGCGCACCAGCGUCAACAAUGUAGUCAUAGAGACGCCCCUGUUGACAAUUUGACAUUUUUAAUAUGAAACUAAUAAUGUUAUUUUUAAAUAAAUAUGUUUAUUCUAUGUUGUGAUCAAUUGUUGUUGUUUUAUGUUGGAGCGACAAUAAGUUCGUUUUAUACAAAGCAGAGGAUUUUAUGAAACUUCAAAAUGGGGAAUGGAAUGAAUAAGGUGCUCCCAGGGUUGUAUGUGGGAAACUACAGGGACUCAAAAGACCCCGUGCAGUUAGACAAGUACAAGAUAACGCACAUACUUUCAAUACACGACGCCGCUAGAAGAUUACACUCGGAUAAACAUUACCUGUGCAUCAUGGCGUCAGACUCUCCCGACCAAAACCUGACGCAAUACUUCAGCCUUUGCAACGACUUCAUCCAUGCAGCACGGCUUCGAGACGGCAACGUUCUCAUCCAUUGUCUAGCAGGAAUGUCGCGCAGCGUGACAGUAGCGGUGGCAUACAUAAUGUCUGUGACUCCACUCACGUGGCGGGAGGCACUGAAGGUGGUGCGAGCAGGCCGCGCCGUCGCCAACCCCAACCUCGGCUUCCAGAGGCAGCUGCAAGAGUUCGAGACCUACAAACUGGUUGAAGAAAGGAGAAGACUGAAGGAGCGGUACCCGUCCUUAGCACUAGCCGACCGGGACCUCACGGAAUGCCGCGCGAUGCUGGACUCGUACCAGACCAUGCUCAGUGAGCGCACCAUCUGCGAGGGGAAGUGUGCGAUGGGCAGGCAGUGCCCCACUGGGUUAUGCAGGACGGGGUCGAAGCGUCAGCCUCGCGCGCGCAAGCCGUCGAACGCGUCGAGCGUUGGUGACGGCGCGGGCGUCGGCGUCGGCCUAAAACGAUCGCCUUCCUCGCUGUCAACCGCCUCCACAGUAUCCAGCUACCGGCCUCGCUCCUCACCCGCCGGCCUUUACAGCUACACUGGCGGCACAGCCCGUCCGAUCCGCUCAGCGUCCGGGAUGAGCGUGACCCGGGUGACGGAUCCCGUGGGCGGCGGCACCGCAGUGGCGGUGGGCGGCACCGAGUACUCCCGGAGACGGGCUGCCUCCGCGCCCGCCACGCCUGCACUUUCACCCGCGUCAUCACCGCCAGGAUCGCCGCACAGAGGUUCACAUAGGAGUAGCUGUGCAUGGAUAAUACCUUCAGUGAAGUGGGACCCUGAGUCCCUGUAAUCAAUCAUCCAGACACACUUGACUCUCACUUCACGUCACUGACGGUGCGCACAAUUAAGGUCUCGAGCGUUACAAAGAUGUUCUUAGCAGGAGCCUAGCUCACGCGCCUCAAGAAUCCGCCCAUCUUCCCGACCAGCCACCUAGCAUCGGUCUAUCUUUCGCUUGUACAUAUAUUGCCCCAGUUACGUACAUUUACAUGCAGAUUUUGUUAUCACAAGUUUAUCGCAUCAGCUAUUUGUUACUGGACAACGCUUCGACUUUACACUGAAAAUUUUCAAUGUUGCAAGCGCAAAUUUUGCUGUAAAGGUUCGAUGGAAAUUAUAUUGAGAUGUUAAGAAAAAAGUUAAUAUUUAUAGCGAAAAGCUUUUGUAUGGUGUAGGUACCUACCUAAGAAACGUUUUUGAAGGGGCAGAUUUGUGAUAUACUUAGGUGUUGUUAAAAGUAUAUAUAUGCGAAUCUUGUAAAAUGGUUUAUAAGUUUUAAAGACGGUGUUCUUUUUUACAAAUGCGUGCUAUUCUAAGUAUGGGAUUAAGAAUUCCAGAAGACAGUGGUCAGAUUUUGCAACGAUAUCGUCGAUGUUAGCUUAAAGAUAAAUAGUUACAAAAGUGAAGGUCGAGGAAAUUGAAUGGCUUUAGAAUGUUAUAAAUUAUAAUCGCUUGAGUGAGUUCAAGGUUUUACUUAAAUUGUUUCAAAACACUUUAAUUUCUGACAUUGAAAUUACAUUAAAUCGCACAGGAAAUAUCAGAUUUAAUUUUACUGUAUAAUAUGCAUUUAAUAUACUUAUGUCGAUACCAAGGCUACACGUUAAUACAACGUUUAAUGUAUGAAAGAUGUAUAUUUGGUGGUGCUUAGAGUGGAGUCAAGAAAACUGUUGAAUGAUAAAAGUUAAAUUAUCGUUGUUACCAAGAAAUGUCUUAUUGCAUAAUUAUAAAAUUGUUAAAGAGAUUAUAAAACGAAGGAACUGUGAGAUAACAAUGGAUCAUAAUCAGACUACCAAAGAACAUAUUGUAGACUAAGGUGGUUGGUCUUGAUAUAGGUUAGAACUACAAUUUUAAAAAUACUUGUUUUUUUUUAAAUAAUCUCCUUCGAAUGAACAAUCAAAACAUUACAAA